CCGCAACAGUCAGUCCCGUCAAGCACUCAAGAGAGAGAGGAGCUUGGAGUCAGACAGGCGGACGCAGCAGAUCAUCCCUGGCGCUCACCGGGUCUCAAUCACAAGGGGUUAAACAGGGGCUGUCCUUUCCCUGUAGUACGCUAAUUUGGUCAGGGAAUUUAAGAGGAGAAAUGGACUUCAUCCUGCCACCCACUCUGCCAGCUGGUGGUAUCCCAUGGGAGAAGGUUUUACCACCUCUUAUUCCUCGUCUGAAUGGGACUUAUGGACAAUAUAACUGGUCCCCGAAAUUACUGAUUCCAGAGACUGAUAAUAGCUCUGCAGAGGUGAACUGCGAUGACACUGGAUUUACAGUUCAAGUUGACGUAAAGAACUUCAACCCAGAGGACUUGAUGGUUAAGGUGAUAGGGGACUUUGUAGAGGUUCAAGGAAAGCAUGAAGAAAGAAAGAAGGAUGGUCCUGGGUUUACAACACGGCAGUUUAACCGCCGCUACAGAAUCCCAAAGGGAGUGGACACCAUGGCUUUGGAAUCAGCGGUCUCUCCAGAUGGCAUCCUCAUCAUAUCUGCACCUAUGCUCCAAACUGACAACUCUAGAUCCCUCACCUAAUCACACGAACACCACACACUCAAAUCACUCUACCAUCUUCACCAUGUAUGACAACAAACGCAACAGAAGCCACAAACAGAAAUAACUCCAGGCUCCUUCAGUCACAAACACUCGCCACGUGCCAAAACACACAUCUGUUUUGUUCCUGGCACUGUUCUAAUAUUCCCUGCUCUCUAAGGUUUGUAUAUAUUACUCUGCUAUUACUCACCAAUCUUACAUAAUGUUUCAAGGAACCAGUCUUUGUAAAUAUUCUGUGUUCACAUAUCAAACUGCUGCUUCUUUUUGUGCAACUUUUGUAAAAUGCACUGCGAUUGUGAUUGUGAUUAAUGAUGCACACAGACGUAUCUCCAAACUCUUUAAUGUGGUAAUAUUUCCUCAAAAAAGUACAAAUAAAUUUUAUUUCUAUAAAAAAUAAAAAAUAAAAGUGACUGCAUCAAG